GAAUUGCGCUUUUUCGCCUCUCUAAUCGAAUUAUUCUGAUUUGCUGUGCGUACACCGUACUCGUUGCGCGCAUACCUCGCACCAACAGCUGUUCAUUUGUUUAUGGUAGUUUGCUCUUUAUCGUUGACAAAGGGAAAAAAAGCCAAAAAAAAACAUACUCAACGCCCGAUUUAGCUUCUUCUCGCUGAACUCACUAGCAUUGUUUCCCUGCAAGUAUCAUUUGUUUUUGUUUUCCUCUAACUGUUGCCGCGACAGUCCUACUGUGGUCACCAUCCGCACGUUCUCCAUAGCUGAUUUUGCUUGCAACGAACGUAUCAUUCUUUGCCGCCGGUGCUUCACGCCACACCGUCCCUUUCUCCUUUAGUGACCUUACAAAAAGCUUUUCUCUUUUUUGUUGUUGUUCUCCUACACGCGACCUGCGUCACUUUAUUUUUCUUCUCCUCGACAAUAGUUAUUCUUUAUCCCAACUAUUGUGCUUCUCCUCCUUAUGUCUGCUCCGCCGUUUAUUGCCGUUGUAUCCGACAUGGACGGCACGUUUCUGUCGCCGCAUCACACCGUGUCGAAGCGCACGCGUGACGUCGUCGAGUUCAUGCAAAAGGAACAGGGCAUUCCCUUCCUCUUCGCCACCGGUCGCCACCACGUUGACGUUCUGGCCACCGUACGCAAAAUUCAUCUCGAAGGCUACGUGCUGACCAGCAACGGCGCUCGUGCACACGACCCGGCAGGGAAGGUGGUGAUGAGGCAGGACAUGGACCCUGCGCUGGCGCGAGAGCUUGCGUGCUUUGCGGUGGACAACAAAGACAUCACGACGAGCAUCUACCAAGAAGAUGCGUGGCGCAUGAACCGGGACACGGAGGACAUGAAGGAGUACUACGAGGACAACAAGGAUGUGUUUUUCCCGGUGAUGUUCGACCCUCCCACACACGAGAGCUACGCCGGGGUGUACAAGGUCUACUACACCUCCGACCGCCACGAGACAGCGAAGCUGGGGGAGCUGGAGAUGAAGCUGAAGGAGACGUUUGGCUCGCGCGUCUACAUCGCCUACUCCGUUCCUCGCUGUAUGGAGGUGAUGCCAGCCGGUGUGAACAAAGCCUCCGGACUCAGUCUCUUGCUGAAGCAAUAUAUUUUCCCAAGCGACCCACGCAGCGGAGCGGAGCUGCUGAAGGCCUGCAUCGCCUUCGGCGACGGCGAGAACGACGCGCCGAUGCUGAUGGCAGCUGGUCACGGCUGCGUCAUGUCGAACGCACAGACUCGCCUGUUGGAUCUUAUCCCGCUUGGCGCGGACCCGCAUCUGGAGAAGAUCGGCUCCAACGCCGAGGACGCGGUGGCACAGAAGCUCAUUGAGGUGUUCCACUUGGAUAUGUAG